CAGCGGGGGCUGGCGGGGGGGCUGGAGCGGGCACCCCCCGGGGGGGUGAGCAGGGCCGGGGGGCUCGUUUUGGGCCGAAAUCCCCGGGGUGGAGGGUCGGAGGAGCGGGGUGGCCCCGGGGUGGGGGCUGUGGGGGCCCCGGGCUGCGCCCGCCGUGGCCCCCCCAGCCUGGCGUGUGGCUAGCGUGGCUCCCCCCGCCGUGGCCCCCCCAGCCUGGCGUGUGGCUAGCAUGGCUCCCCCCGUCCCCUCUCCCUCGCAGGCAGCCGAAAACGGCCGGACGCCGGCCCCGCCGUUGCCCCGGGGCUGGCAGACCCCCGUUCCCGCUGCGGCGGGGGGAUUUGUCGUGGCCCCCGAAUGCCGCCAGGGUGCCCGGAGCCCCUCUUUGCUAGCCCGCAGCCCGGCCCCGCUCCCCAAGGCCGCCGGCAGCCCCGCGGGGGGAUGGCCCCCGCCGCCCCGUGAGGGUCCCGGCCCCCCCGCCGUCGCGGGGCCUCGCCGCCGCCCCGCCAUGCUGCUGGGCCCCUGGCUGGUGGCGGCGGCGGCGGCGGUGGCGGCGGGCGCCGGGGCGGGCUGCCCGGUGCUGUGCACGUGCCGCGGGCAGGCGGUGGACUGCAGCGGGCAGCGGCUCUUCUCCGUGCCCCCCGAGCUGCCGCUGGACACCGGCAACCUCAGCCUGGCCCACAACCGCAUCGCCAGCAUCCCGCCGGGCUACCUGGCCUGCUACGGCCAGCUGCGGGCCCUGGACCUGCGCAACAACUCGCUGGCGGCCCUGCCGGCCGGGCUCUUCCUGGGGGCCCGCCGCCUGGCCCACCUCGACCUCAGCUACAACAACUUCAGCCUGGUGGCCGCCGACAUGUUCCUGGAGGCCAGCGGGCUGCUGCGCCUGGACCUCAGCCACAACCCCGGCCUGCGCCGCGUCCACCCCCAGGCCUUCCGCGGGCUGGCCCAGCUGCGGGAGCUGGACCUCAGCUACGGGGGGCUGUCGGCCAUCAGCCUGGACGCCCUGGAGGGGCUGCCGGGGCUGGUGGGGCUGCGCCUGGGCGGCAACCCCUGGGUGUGCGGCUGCGCCAUGGAGCCCUUCCUCAAGUGGCUGCGGGGACGUAUCCAGCGCUGCGCCUCGGAUUCGCAGCUGGCCGAGUGCCGGGCCCCCCCCGAGGUGGCGGGAGCCCCCCUGCUCUCCCUGACGGAGGAGAGCUUCCAGGCCUGCCACCUCACCCUGACGCUGGACGACUAUCUCUUCAUCGCCUUCGUCGGCUUCGUCGUCUCCAUCGCCUCGGUGGCCACCAACUUCCUGCUGGGCAUCACCGCCAACUGCUGCCACCGCUGGAGCAAGGCCAGCGAGGACGAGGACGUUUAGGCAGCGCCGACGUCGCCGACGUCCCCCCGACCCGCCCGCCGCGGCGGGGACGCCUGACUGUGCCUUGUCCUCGUCCCCUCCCACCGCCCCCCGCGCCCGGGGUGGCCCUCCAGACGCCUCCCCGGCUGUGGCGGGGGAGACCGGGGGACGGAUCCUCUUCAUUUUGCCCCAAAAUGGGGAGUUUUUGCCCCGGCGGGCACCCUCCAGGAUUGGUCUCCCCCUCAGCGCCGUGAGCUUGGACCCCCUCCUGUCCCCACCACCCAGAGGCAGCGGCACGGGGGUCCUGGGGGGUCCCGGGGGAGCCUCCGCACGGUGCCAGUCGGUGGGGGCUGGGGGCUGCAGCCGGGGAGCAACCCCCCCGGCUUGGGACAGAGCCCCCCAAAAGCGGCGUGUGCCUCGGGGGACGCUGGCCACCCUCCCUAGGGGGAAACCAAGGAAAUCACCACUUUCAGCCCAAAAGCAGCACAGCUGGAGCCCCCCCCGGAUCCUGCCCACACUCUCCAGCCUCUCCGAAAAGCCGUGGGGGGCUGAGCCCGGGACCCGGUGCUGGCGCCCAGCUGGGCAGCACCGCUCCUGCGGCAGGGGCCCGGGGGACGCCUGCGCCUUGCUGGUGACACCAGGCCAUGCCGGGACAGCACCGGGGCCACCGUGCCCAGCGGUGGGAGCAGCCCCUGGGGACGGUGUUCCCGGCCACAUUCCCGUCCUUGCCUUUCUCUUCCAAAGUCUGGCGCAGGUUCGGGGACAAACCGGACGCCCUUCGCCACGUCCUGGCUUGCCGAUGCGGGAAGGUUGGGAAGCAAAAGGAACGCCAAAAAAAAAAAGAAAAAAAAAAAAAAAAAGGAAAGAAAAAAAAACCCAAAAGCCAGCCAACGAGCCCUGUGUCCGUCCGGGGCGGCCGCCGUCCCCAUGUGCGUGUUUCACACCCUCUCCGUGGCCGUCCCCGCAGCCAGCGCGCGUUGAGGACAGGAGUGGGGCUGAGGGGGGGCUCGGCACCUCCCGAGGAGGGUCUGCCCCUGAGUUGCUUUAUUUUCUCACUGUGUCCCCCCCACAUUGCGUGGAGGCAGAGUGUAGCUGUGGGUGCAGUUUAAAGCCAAACCAACCGAAAAAGAAAAGAGAAAACAGGGGAAAACGAGGCGCCGUGCUGGCUCGGCGAUGCCACCCCCGCCACCGAGCCUCUGCCGGCACCGGGACCCCUCGAGCAGCGUGGCGGUGAAGGCUGGGUCACGGCCGCCCCGCUGCCGUGCCGGUGGUAAGACCCCCAUGGGGCCGUGGCCCCCCUGAGGCUGCCAGGCCCCUCGGGGGCCCUGUGCCCCCCCUGGGGGAGGCGGGUGUCCUGUGACGGGCCACCCCGAGCUGCGGCGAGGCAGGGCUGCACCCCCGGCCAGGUGGGACCCCCCGGCGAGGUGGGACCCCCAUCGUGGCAGCAGCCCCCAGCACAGUGUCCCAGGAAGGGGCACUUGGGCUCUUUUCUUUUUUUUUUUUUUUUUUUCCCUUUUGGUAAGCGGGAGACACCCCCCCACACCCCAGGCCCCCUCUGGACACCCAGGACGGGACGUUUCCCUCCGCCGGCAGCUCCUGGCUUCAUGGUGGGGACAGCGGAGAAGAGCGAAGGCGGCUGCCAGCGCCCGGCUCCCCGGCCAGACGCGGGUGCUCUCGGUCUGAAGCAGGAAUGGCCUGGCCCCGGCGCGUUGCUGUGUCCCACUGCGGGGGGGCCGGCACCCGCCUUUGGGUGCCGCAUUCUGGCAGCGUCUGCCCGGUGCCAGCCCUGCGGUGGGUGUCCCCAUGGCACGGCCACCGCCGUCCUGCAGGCACGGCAGCAGCGCCCUGCGCUCCCCUGGCUUCUGCCCCUCGCCCCACUCGCACCCCCUUGUCCUUUGCCUUUUC